AUGUUUCAAUUAAGCAGAGUUGCUUAUCAAAGUCUCUCUCGUGGUUUAGCCACUGGACGCGUUAAAGUUCCUCGAAUCAAUAAUUUCAACAACACACUCAAAGAACUUAAGGGUGAUGUUAAGAAUGUUAGCAAAAAGCUAAGCGAAGUUGAGACGGAACUUAAGGGUGAAAUUAAGGGUGUUCAAGAAGAUGUUAAGGGUCUUAGCAAGAAGUUGAGCGAAAAUAGUAAGAAACUGAACGAAAUUGGAACGAAAUUGGAUAUGCAUGUUAAGUACCUUCCGGUACAAACCACUGGCUACGUAUGUGGAGCUCUAGUCGGUGGAACCUCAUUCCUCACUGCUAUUGGGUGGGGUUUUACAUUGGAGAAGAAAGACUCGGCCGAGUCGGUUGGGUGGGUUCGCAACUUACCUAAGUCAGUUCCCAAGAAAUAAUAUAUUUGAUCUUUGCUACUUGUCAUAAAAUAAUAGUUUUCUACUUCU